AUGUCGCUCACCGACAUCGCAGCCUUCGCAGCGUCGUCGCUCGUCGAGUUCGCAGAAGUCAUCGUCAUCGCCGUCGCCACGUCGGUCCCCGUCGCUGGCCUCUGUAUAGGCGUCCCCGUCGUCCGCAUAAUCACCGCGUGCCUGCGCGGGCAGCGUACGCGUUUUAAGUACAUUCGCUGGUGGCUAACGUGCGCCGUGUCGCUCCUGCUGCUCGUGAAUCUCCUAUUUCUGUCGGUCGGAAUCGGCGCGCUUUGGCUGCAGAUGCCGCCUGAUCCGGCCGCCAUGUCCAAGGGCACGUGCCGCGUCGUUUCCGCAGGGGUGGAUCUGCGAUCCGUCAAGCUGUGCACUGUCAACGACACCUCCUCCUCGUCAUCGUUGCCAACCUGGUUACCAUCUUCGCCACACACGUUGCAAGCCCCAUCGCAAGCCUCACCACACCCCGCCUCUCGUCCGUUCGCCUCCUCCUCCCCUUACGCCACGCCUUCCCCUCCUCCUUCCUCCUCCCCCAACCACCACUCGUCCGCCCACUCCUCCCCACCCGCCUGUCACGCCUCCUCCCCUUUUUCCUGCCCCUCAGCCUCCGCCUCCGCUUCCCACCCCGCCUCCCCUUCCCCCUCCGCCUCCGCCUCCCCUCCCGCCAACCUCCCCUCCGCCCUCGCGUCCCUCUCCGCGUCGCUCCUCGCGCUCCUCCCGCAACCGCUGCUCUCCGCGCUGCCGCUCUCCCCCUCCGCCACGCGCUGCCACUUCACCUACUACUGGGCGGCUCUCAUCCAGCUCGACCUCAACGUCUCCUUCCACUCGCCGUCCAACACGUGGCGCUCGCUGCGUCAGCACAGGCGCCAGAAAACCCACCCCCCGUCGUCCCUCCUUCCCCCUCCAGGUGGCCUCACUGCACAAGGGCCUGUGGCAUCGCUGCACAAAUGCCUGUACGACCCUCGCCACCCCCACAGGGUGCAUCUCCCCCCUCCGCGCUCCAUGCGUCACUGCCCGCCCCCCCCGCGCCAGGGCAUUUUCAUGCACCUCGCUGCUACAGCCAUCACCAAGUGGUUCUUAUCAGACGAGUCCAUAUUCCAGCCGUCCUCCUCGGUGGGCAAGCUCUAUCUGGGUCUCAGCCUGGGCGUGCUGCUGGGAGUGCUGUGCUGCGUGGGCACGCAUGUCUUUGGUCGCAUCGUCGUGGCUCUCGACUGCUUCCAACCCCCAGUUUCCUCCCUUUUCGUCUCUGCGAUUGAGUUUCUCUCCAACCACUCUCCAGACAUUCACCACCCGUCCAACUUGCUCCAUUCAGUGGGAUCAGGGUCUCUCUCAAGCUCUCUCUCAAGCUCUCUCUCAGGCUCUCUCUCUGAUGACCUGGAGGAUCUCGAUCUUUCUGAGAGCAUUCUCAGCUGCUUCUGCCCCUCGCUGGUUGACAGCCCUUUUCUGGCAAAGAAGCUCCCUGAGAAUUCACCUGAGAGGUCACCUGAUCGCUACCGCAAGGGGGAUUUGUGCCGAUUGAGUGGUCUGGGCCGACCUGUAGCAGCGGGGGCGGAGGAUGUUGAGCCGCUUUCCCUGCACCAGCAGGAGGAACAAUCCCAGGCAGAGGCAGAGGCAGAGGCAGAGGCAGAGGCAGAGGCAGAGGCAGAGGCAGAGGCAGGGGCACUGGCUACACAGGCAGAGGCAGAGGUAGAUGCAGAGGCAGAGGAGGAAGCAGGGGGACAGGAACGAUCGCGGAAUACACAGGGUCUGCCGGUCAAUGCCUCACAAGCGCAGCCGUUCCUGCGCUCAGAAGAAGAGAGCGGUGGGCUGGUUGUGCCUCAAGAACAGACCUUGCCUCAAGAGCAGUCCGUGGGUUAUCAGCAAGGAAGCUGUUUGAGUCUAACUGUGUGCUGUGAGGUAUCGGGUGUGGAGGGCGAUGGAGGUGGUGCUGUCACAGCAGCAGCAAGUUCGGCGGCAGGUUUGGCAGCAGGUCCGGGAGUAGGUCCAGCCACCAUGCAAAUCUUCGUGAAGACUCUCACCGGCAAGACCAUUACCCUUGAGGUCGAGAGCAGCGAUACCAUCGACAAUGUUAAGGCCAAGAUCCAGGACAAGGAGGGGAUUCCUCCUGACCAGCAGCGUCUGAUUUUCGCUGGCAAGCAACUGGAGGAUGGCCGUACUCUUGCGGACUACAAUAUCCAGAAGGAGUCUACGCUUCAUCUGGUGCUUCGGCUUCGCGGUGGCAUGCAAAUCUUCGUGAAGACUCUUACCGGCAAGACCAUCACCUUGGAGGUUGAGAGCAGCGACACGAUUGACAACGUUAAGGCGAAGAUUCAGGAUAAGGAAGGCAUCCCCCCCGACCAGCAGCGCCUGAUUUUUGCCGGCAAGCAGCUCGAGGACGGACGUACUUUAGCCGACUACAACAUUCAGAAGGAGUCGACCCUGCAUCUGGUGCUUCGCCUCCGCGGUGGCAUGCAGAUCUUCGUGAAGACUCUUACCGGGAAGACGAUUACUCUGGAGGUUGAGAGCAGCGACACCAUCGACAACGUGAAAGCGAAGAUCCAGGAUAAGGAAGGCAUCCCCCCCGACCAGCAGCGCCUGAUUUUCGCCGGCAAGCAGCUCGAGGACGGUCGCACGUUGGCUGACUACAAUAUCCAGAAGGAGUCGACUCUUCAUCUGGUGCUCCGUCUUCGCGGAGGCAUGCAGAUUUUCGUCAAGACCUUGACGGGAAAGACCAUCACUCUGGAGGUUGAGAGCAGUGACACCAUUGACAACGUGAAGGCGAAGAUUCAGGAUAAGGAGGGGAUUCCCCCUGACCAGCAGCGCCUGAUUUUCGCCGGCAAGCAGCUCGAGGAUGGCCGCACUCUGGCUGACUACAACAUCCAGAAGGAGUCGACGCUUCACCUGGUGCUUCGCCUUCGUGGUGGUAUGCAGAUUUUCGUGAAGACCCUCACGGGAAAGACCAUCACGCUCGAGGUUGAGAGCAGCGACACCAUUGACAACGUCAAGGCUAAGAUUCAGGACAAGGAGGGUAUCCCCCCUGACCAGCAGCGUCUGAUUUUCGCAGGCAAGCAGCUCGAGGAUGGUCGCACUUUGGCUGAUUACAACAUCCAGAAGGAGUCCACCCUCCAUCUGGUGCUUCGCCUCCGUGGUGGUCAGUAG